AUGGGACUGCGGAACAGCCUCCUGAUGAAGCGGAGGAAGUUUCUUUACCACUUCAAAAACGUGCGCUGGGCUAAGGGCCGCCAUGAAACCUACUUGUGCUACGUGGUGAAGCGGCGGGAUAGCGCCACCUCCUUCUCACUGGACUUCGGGCACCUUCGAAACAAGGCCGGAUGCCACGUGGAAUUGCUCUUCCUCCGCUACAUCUCUGACUGGGACCUGGACCCCGGGCGGUGCUACCGUGUCACCUGGUUCACGUCUUGGAGCCCCUGCUACGACUGUGCCCGCCACGUGGCCGACUUCCUGAGAGGGUACCCCAAUCUGAGCCUGAGGAUCUUCACAGCGCGCCUCUAUUUCUGCGACAAGGACCGCAAGGCGGAGCCCGAGGGGCUGCGGCGGCUGCACCGCGCUGGGGUCCAAAUCGCCAUCAUGACCUUCAAAGAUUAUUUUUAUUGCUGGAAUACUUUUGUGGAAAAUCAUGAAAGAACUUUCAAAGCCUGGGAGGGGCUUCAUGAAAAUUCAGUUCGUCUGUCCAGACAGCUUCGACGCAUCCUUUUGCCCCUAUAUGAGGUUGAUGACUUAAGAGAUGCAUUUCGUACUCUGGGACUUUGA